AAAAUAUGUUUAAAAACACUUAUCAAAGUGGAUUGUUAUCUAUAUUUUACAGUUGUGGCUCAAAUCCCUUGGCAAUAUGGGACAUGGAGGUACAGAAUGGACACAUAAAACGAUUAACAGACAAAGAGGUAAACUCUAUAGUUCUCGAGAUCGUAAGCUCAAAUGUGGCGACAACUUUUAUAUCAUGUCCGAAAAGGAACCAAGUGCUGGGAAUAAGGCUUCCAUUCCUCGUGAUGAUAGUAAAAAACUUGAAAAGGUACUUUUCAUUUGAAAUAACAAUUUUAGAUGACAAAAAUAUGAGAAGACGAUUCAGGAUUUCGAAUUUCCAGUCUACGACAAAGAUCAAACCUUUUUGCACUACUAUGCCAAUCGGGUUAUCGAAUGGGUGGAAUCAAAUACAAUUCAAUUUGGCUGAUUUCACUAGACGGGCGUAUGGUUCUCAAUUUAUAGAAACGUUGCGAGUGCAGGUGCAUGCAAAUGCUCGACUUCGUAGGAUUUAUUUUAGCGAGCGACUGUAUACUGAGGAAGAGCUGCCUCAGGAUUACAAGUUAUACUUGCCUUUAGAACACAAGACAAAGAAAGCAAAGCCAGAAAAAAAGGAAGAAAUCAAAACUAUCAAGGCUGAACCUGUCGAAAAACAAGCCGAAGAACCUCCAGAGCAACCACCACCAGCACCACAAGAACCACCAAAAGAACUUGAGAGCAAAGUAAGUGCAGUAACUGUAACACCAGCUAUGACUGAAGUUGAAGACGAAAAUCCAGAAGUCACAGCCCCAGCUGAAUCAGACACAGAAGCCGAACCACAAAACGUUGGACCAGCUCCCGAAGCUACUGAAGAAGUAGAAAUAAAAGAAGAAAUCAAAGAAGAAAUUAAAGAAGAACCACAGGAAGCUCCACCUGAGGAUCCAACGGAGUCCGAAAAUCAAGUUGAAGUCAAGGAAGAAGGAGGAGAUUAA